CUGUUCGACCAUCCACCCGUGGGGAACACCUUCCGAACCACCUGUCAGUCAAACGCCUUGCCAUGGUGAAGGAAGACGGGAUCGAACACGUCAUGGAGCACGCGGCGGACAGCACGGACGCCAUGUACGACUCGGACCAGCACGCGCUCGCCGCCAGCCAGAUGAUGGAGAUGGGGGAUGCGGUUGCCAUGCCAGGGGAGUCGGUGGAGCUGCAGAGGGUGCUGAACGCGCGGCGGAAGGACGUGCUGUCGUCGCGGAAGCGUCGGGAGUUCAUCCCCGAGGAGAAGAAGGACGGCGCGUACUGGGACAAGCGCCGCAAGAACAACGAGGCGGCGAAGCGGUCGCGCGAGAAGCGGCGGCUGAACGACAUGGUCCUGGAGACGCGCGUGCUGCAGCUGACCCAGGAGAACGCGCGCCUCCGGGCGGAAAUGUACGCCAUGAAGCAGCGGCUGACGGAGGUGACGUCGGGCCCGCAGCGGCAGUACCUGGCGGGCCCGCCCAGCCCCCCGGCCGUGCAGUACCCGCACGUGUACGCGGGAGGAGAGCGCAGCGCCGUCUACACGCAGCCGUACAUGAACGGGUUGUCGCCAGGGUACCCCCACAUACAGGAGCAGCAGCAGCAGGCGUGGUACGAUCGUCAACGGGACAUAGAGUAUCAGCAGCGACACCUGGCGACUUCUAGAUACGCCGCGUACGACGCAGCCGAGACCAAACCUCAACAGCCCGUUCUAAGUAGUGACCGUUCGCAGUGGGACACGGAAAGCUCGGGCACAACGGAAGAGAUGCCGCCGGCGGGCGUCACGCAACAGGCCGUAGACCUCAGUUUCGCCAAGGAGCGGUUGAGAAAAAGUUCCGAGGACGACAACAGCAGCUUGAGCGACCGCAGCUCGCCGGCCGCUCGGGAGCAGGAGCCGACGCGCCCGCCCAGCCUCAGCCCGGCGGCCCGCAGCUCCAUCCUGAAGUGGGGCGACGAGAAGUGCCUCCCGCACAAGCUCCGGCUGAAGCUGUCAUCGCAGUACCGCGACGAGUCGGCCUACCACAGCGGCGACAGCGCCGACGACACCUCGCCGGACUCCCCCGUCAUGCCCACGCUCACAGGCGAGCACCCUACCGGCGAGAGACCAGAACUGCAGACCAACAACAACAUCAGCCACAACGAUGACCAACAGGACGAGCGCCACUCCCAACUACAACAGCAGCAGAGCUCCGACAGUGGCGUGGACCCCGACGUCCAGGAGAAGCGGCGGCGGAACAGCGAGAAGGCGCGGCGGAGCAGAGAGCUCCGGAGGAUGAUGGUGAGCUACCACACCUCGCGCUCCACGCACCUCCAGGCCGAGAACAGCCACCUUCGCCAGGAGGUCUCCCUCCUCUCUGCGGAGAUAUUCACCCUGAAACACAUGCUGGACAAGAAGAGAGAAGCCAUCAGCUUCGCUGAGGUCGACAGCAUCGACGGGUCUCCGCACAGUGUGGACAGCCUGAUCUAACUAAACUAACUCUCCACGUGCGUUUCUGUCGCGCUACCAGGUUGUUGCCAUUUGGGAACAUUCGGUACCACAUCGCGGAACUGUUGAUGCCGUAUUCGCGGAAAUCGUGACUUUUCUCGGGGUGCAAAAACGUAUGAAAUGCUGUCACCGUUGGAAGAAAAAUUGUAGUAACUGUAUUCAUACGUGACUGCUGAACCUCUUCGACGAUAUUCGUAUAAAGUGCUACAUUUCAAUUGGAUAUGUACGGCUAUAUCGUGAAGAUUUUUUUUUUCAAAUUAGAAAGAGGUGCAGGGGUCAAGAAAUUCUAAUUCUAAACAGCUAAUCCUCCAAUCCAGAGGACAUAAUCAAGGUAUUGCUGACGGAGCUAUUAC